CCAGUCGCCGAGUCGCCAGUCAGUCCCGCUCCGGGCUUCUUCGCGUUCGCGGCAAUAUUGGUCGCUCGGUCGCAUUCUCGGUUACAUUCGAAUCCAUUGCAUUAAUUGUCAAUUUUUUUAAUACCUAGCGAUCGAAACGCACGAGUAUCAAAAUUCUUUUGCAAACAUCGUUUCGUCCUAAUUCUUCUUCUAUCGUGACCACACAGUGAUUCUUCUUCUAUCUCUCAACAAAGUGAUUGUUUCUUAAAAAAAAAAAAAAAAAAAACCACUAGUGUUAAUUACUAUUAAUUUAAUUUUAAUCGACAAAUUAAAUUUAAACGUUAGUUUUUCAAGUUUGCGCACUGGAUGUUGAUGAUCCAUUUCGGUCGCAGUGCGUUUCUGCCGAUUGAUCGAUGCUUGGUCCAAAAAUCAACGAAAACAAAUUUCUCGUGACUGGUGUAUCGUGCGUGUUAAAACGGUGCCCCUACUCUUCUAUAAGUGAAGGCACUCCCGGUUUGCGAUUACAGCUGCCACUCGUCAAAGUUAAAGGCACGGAUAGACGCGAGUUGAUCUGGAAAUAUACAUCGUGGAUAGUGGAGCAAGAAGAAGGAGUGGCAUUUCGUGCAUAAUGUAAAGAGAGCUGAUGCCCAAGCGAAGAAAUCGCAGGACAUUACCAGGGGACCAAACAUCUGUCCAAAACGCACGCAUCCCGCAGGCUCGUCCUAGCAAUGCGACAUUCCACGCUGGUCCCGCGUAAUCAUUGACAAUUGGCAAGAUGCGAAGCGAAGUGGGCGAAUGGCUGGCCACGUGCGUAGGUUCGCCAAUAUGCAUCCUGCUGCUGUCAUGGUCCCUAUUGAUCUACCAGAAUCAAUCUUCAUCCGCGAAAAGAAAAAUUGAUGUGCUGACAGUCGCAAUUCUCUCUCAAAGUCUCACGCAUCAAUUAGGAUUGCUGCUAUACGCCAUUCUCACUUUGAUCCGUCCAGCGAACCAUUUUGGAGAGUUAUGCUCAACUUUGGUCUGGGUGCUGAACUCGUCGAGUAUCCUUCAGGAACUAACCUUGACGUCGAUCGCAGUGUUCGCGGCGAUCAGCAGUCGCGAUGAUGUUAUCAAUCUCACGAAGAAUCACCUCAAGUACCAUUUGGUGAGCUUGAGCGUCAUCAGCGCCUGCAUCGGUGUCACUGGCGUUCUCAACUUCGAGCCGGAGACCUGCGUUUUUCUGGCCCACGAGAUCUCCCAUAAAUACGGAGUCUUCGUCAACUCUCUAAGGGGUCUAUUGGCUCUCACGUCUCUUUUCGGCGUGAUGGUCGCACUCUUUAAAAACCUCUGCCGUCCACCGACUUCUGAGCUGCUCAAGUCGGUCUCAGAUCUGUCCGAGGCGAGCUCGAAGAACUCUUCAGGAGCAUUCGAUUGUCACCCACAACAUUGGGAUCCCUCAAGCGGAUCGUGCACCAGCGGUUCAACUAACAGCAGGGCGUGUUUGAGGAAGAAGAGGGUACAGGUGGACGAGGCCAGCGGCAGAUCUACCGUUUACAGCAUACUUUUUGUCUGCUACGUCUUCGAGCAUUUACCUAUCUUGAUCAUCUCCAUUAGACCGAGCCUUCUAAAGAACUUUUGCACACCCCAAAAUUUGGCGACGUGGCUGCCACUGGUGAAGGAUACGCUGCUUCCAGUUUUCCUGGCUCUCUUCGACAAGAUGUUCUGUCGAUACGUGGCCAAGGUGUAUACAAAGCAGGAUCACGCAAGGAGACUAUCGCACGGCGGUAUAGACGGUAAAUUUCGACACUUCGAACAAGAUACCGAAUACAAGCUGCAGUUGAACUUAAAUCACGGGUUAAAGUUUCCUCUGACUAACGGAAGCCUCUACGGACGGUUGCACAGCCAUCAGAACAGAGCGAAAACCGGCACGAUUACUAUGGGAAUUCAGCAACACUAUCCCAAGACGCAAUCCAUGAACGAGGACGGCAACUAUGCGUCUUUACCAGCGGAACUAUCGUCCUUCACGAGUUCGACCUUCGAACCACGUCAGGAUAGAAUCCCCGAACCGCCAAAGAAAAACUCAGUGGAACAACAACAGUCGGGGUACAGCAGAGGACUGAGACUAAACGAGAGCUUGCACGAGUUAGUUAGUAAUCGCAGAAAGAUCGGCAGCACCGAUGUCUUCGGGCAGAACAUGGAAAACUUGGUGCAACUGGAGGAUCCUGCGAGCAAUCGAAAAUUCCAAAUCAAGAAUCUGGACGAGAUUCGCGAAGAACCAUCGAGGCGACACGCUAGGAGCGUUCUCGGUCUGGAGAAGCUAAUUCUAGGGCUGGAAAACAACCUCCAACAGCAGCACUAUUCUAGAAACGUUUUGCGCAGAAAUCAAAGCUUCGACCAUGCCAGAUAUCGACCUAUGCUCGACACGAGGACCUACAAUUUGAAGAAAGAUGAUCUUGUAAAAGAGAAUCUUCAACAAAAUCUUCAUUUAAAUCUCCAUAGACGGGAUAGUCACUGCGAUGGAUAUGAUAGCUCCGAUGAUGAGAGUUGCGAUCUAGAAAACGGUGACUUCGACACGAUGAGCUCCUGCAGGAGCAGAAGCAGAAGCUGCUGUUCCGUCACUACGGUUGCCAAUGAUGAUUUCGAAUAUUUCCAACGUAAGGAAACCAAGGUGGAGUUGCUGCCCUCGAAGCGAACCGGCGAGGUAAAGGUCAGCAUGCGAUCUUUCACGCCGCGUAUCAUAGAGAACGGUACUCCCGAGGAUCGGGAGGACAAGAUGUGCGGUAGCAAUACGAAGCUAUCCGAUACGAAGCCUAGCAUACAGUCCUAUCAUUUGAAAACUAAAAGGAUCGCGCCCGGUUAUUCGAUGAAUGACCUAGAUAAGCUGAUUAUCAGUAAAAAGUUGCCGAAUCUCUCGAUGGAGAAUUUGAAAAGCAUCCUGAAGAACUCUGACGUGAGUUAUCUCGACAAUGGCGACGUAUGCAAACACGACAUCGGCGGCUCGGCACCGGACUUUAAGAAGAUCUUUGUCACCGAGUUCAUAUAAAAUCCACGACACUAUUAUACAAACUGUUCAUAAACGUGGAAAGACUGUAUUCAUCCUUGCAAUGUAGCAGUGGCAUAGAUAAAUUUGAUACAGACGGAGAACAUUCUUCUUGGGACAGAAUGUGUGAAAAUUCUUUCGUUUUUAAAAGAUCAUGUUGAUAGUAAAAUUCAAAAAAAGUACAUAAAUUAGAGCAUUUAGAUUUAUGACAAUCUUAAUUCAUUAAUAGAAUAAAAAUGAUUAUUGACAUAAAUAUUUACAUCAGCUAUCGCACAUUGCGCAUAUUCUCAAGGCAUGAGAAACGAUUUCUCAUGUUGUCCUGUUGUUUAAAUAAUGCGAAAUCUAUAUUUUUUAUAUAAGCAUUUUUUUAAUUAUGUCGCAUCUCCGAACUUGUUAUUAAUCGUAAGUUGCGAUCAAUAAGCAUCGGAUGAACGUACAUGCAAUUAUUGUAGACGUUCACGCAGCAUCGUGCCUAUUUUUGUAAAAAUACUGUAAAAUAUUUUACGAUACGUAGCGAUAAUUUAUCUAGGACGGGGAGUUGAUUUUGUAAACGUUACUUGUAAAUAUUUUGUAUAUUUGUAUCACAAUAUUUAAUAUAGCGAUUAUGUACAUGUAUACAAUUACGCGUGGUUCCACAAUUAAUCUAUUCAUUUAAUUGACAUGGAGAAAUGACGAGCGGAUUGUAUAAAUUAAUCAUAAAUAUAUUUUACCUCUGGGUUUGUAAGGAAAAUAUCAGUGAUUGUCUUUACAUAUCGCUUCGUGGUAAAACUAAAGUUACUUUAGUACAAAGUAAAAACUUGGUCUCAAA